AAUUUUUUACACAUUAUGGCCGUCAUUCUGGGUGUCUUUGGCACCCUUCAGUACAGAUCCAGAUACCUCAUGCUGUAUGCUGUGUGGCUCGUAGUCUGGGUUGGCUGGAAUGCAUUCAUCAUCUGUUUCUACCUGGAAGUUGGACACCUUUCACAGGAUCGAGACUUCAUCAUGACCUUUAACACAUCACUGCAUCGCUCAUGGUGGAUGGAGAAUGGUCCUGGUUGCCUGGUGACCCCAGUGAUCAACUCCAACCUAGCCUUAGAAGACCAUCAUGUCAUCACAGUAACUGGAUGUUUGCUUGAUUAUCAAUAUAUUGAGGUGGUGAGCAGUGCAAUGCAGAUAUUCCUUGCGCUAUUCGGAUUUGUUUACGCCUGCUAUGUCAGCAAAAUGUUUAUGGAGGAGGAAGACAGUUUUGAUUUCAUUGGAGGGUUUGAUUCCUACGGCUACCAGGCACCCCAAAAGAUGUCACACCUGCAGCUACAGCCUUUGUACACCUCUGGAUAA